AUGCACAUGCUCGCCUCUGUCCUCUUGACUGCCCUGGCCGCGCGUGAGGCGCUGGCCUCUCCAGUCCACGCUCGCUCCCCGUACCUGGUCAAGGAGACGCACUAUGUACCUCGCCAGUGGACCAGGCUUGGUCGUGCACACGGUGCGAAGACGAUUCAGCUGCAGAUUGGCCUCAAGCAGGGCCGCUUCGACGAGCUCGAUCGCCAUCUUUACCAAGUCUCUGACCCUGACCAUGCUCGCUACGGCCAGCACCUGACGGCCGACGAGGUCGACAGGCUCGUUGCUCCCAGCUCCGAGACGUACGACUUGGUCCACGAGUGGCUUCGUGAGAACGGCGUCAGCACCGAGAACCUGGGAUACAGCUCUGCCAAGGACUGGGUCAUUGUCCAUCUGCCAAUCGACAUGGUCGAGACCCUACUCGACACCCAGUACCACAACUACAGGCACAAGGACGGCUCCGUCGUCGCUCGUACCACGUCGUGGUCUCUGCCUCGCCAUCUCCACGACCACAUUGAAACCAUCCAGCCCACCACGUCCUUCUUCCGUGGGGCGGCCAACGCCGCCACCUACAUUGACGAGACUGCUGAAGUGCCUGCGGGCUACAAGACCCCCACCGACUCCAGCAUCGCUGCCGUCUGCAACGUGACGUCUGUCACACCCGAGUGCUUCCAAAAUCUGUACAAGACCAAGUGGUACCAGACCCAGGCCAGCGACAAGAACAGCAUUGCCUUCAACAACUUCCUGGGCGAGGUGCCUAUUCGCCCAGAUACCAAAAUGUUCUUGCAAAAGUACCGUCCCGAGGCCGUUUCGCAGGCCUACGGCUUCAAGGCUUACUCUAUCGACAACGGCGCUGUGCAGGACGGACCAUUGACACUCAACCAGUCCAUCCAGGGCACCAGUCGCGAAGCCAACCUGGACGUGCAAGCCAUUUCUGGCAUCAGCUGGAAGACGCCCAUUACCUCGUUCUCGACUGGUGGCUCCCCUCCCUUCAUUCCUGAUCUUCUCACCCCAACAAACACCAACGAGCCCUACCUGGUCUGGGUCAACUGGCUGCUUAACCAACGCUCCAUCCCCCGCAUCAUCUCCACGUCGUAUGGCGAUGAUGAGCAGACGGUUCCCCGCUCCUACGCCGAGCGUGUAUGCCGUCAAUUUGCCCAAGUCGGAGCCCGAGGAACUACGCUCUUCUUCUCCUCCGGUGACCACGGUCUCGGCGGCACAGACAAGUGCUUCUCUAACGAUGGAAAAAACACGUCCAUGUUCCUGCCCGCGUUCCCCGCUUCGUGCCCAUAUGUGACGACUGUUGGCGCAACCAUGAACUUUGAGCCUGAGGAAGCCGUGUUCCGCCCCGGACGCAACACGUCCAGCGGCCACGUUGACCUCUACGCCAGCGGCAGUGGCUUCAGCAACUACUUUGCUCGCCCUUCGUACCAGGAGAAGGCUGUGCCCAAGUACCUCAAGUCCAUCGGCAACCUCUACAAUGGUCUGUACAACACGACGGGCCGCGGAUACCCCGAUUUGUCUGCCCAGGGUCUCUACUUUGCCUACUUCUGGAACGGCACCGAGGGCGCCAUUUCGGGUACUUCUGCGUCUUGCCCCCUUACCGCGGGUAUCUUUUCGCUCGUCAACGACGCGCUGCUUGCAAGUGGAAAGCCUGUUCUUGGCUUCCUGAACCCCUGGCUGUACAAGAAGGGCGACAAGGGCCUUACGGAUAUCACCAAGGGAUAUAGCCAUGGCUGCAACGUCCAGGGUUUCCCUGUCACCGAAGGUUGGGACCCCAUUACCGGCUUCGGAACGCCCGACUUCCCUAAACUGGUCAAGCUGGCGGGGGCUCAUUAG